GUACAGGUUAGCUGCUACAACGCUAUCUGCGCACUGAAAAUGCCUCCUGACCGAAUUAUAAAAACAAAUUUGUCCGCACUUUUAAUUUUAUUUGCCAACUGUUUAUCGAUGGUGUUUUGCAUAAAUAUAACAUUUGUUUCAUAUGGAUAUGGUAACGUUCUGGGAAAGAAUGGAGGAGCUCGUCAUACGGCGGCCGGUGUAUCCGUUGCGAUUGACGAAUUCAACUGGUAUAAGAAUCUUGAUUAUCCUGACCUUAAUCUAACUUGCAACCAGUUUGUUCUGGAAAUACCAAAGAGUAGUGAUUGUAAGGACACCGAGGCUAAUUAUUAUAUGCUGGCGGACUAUUAUUAUCGUCGAAAAUGGAGCGAACAAAAUCUUAUGGCGCUCAUAACUUCCGGUUGUGGGGAUUCGCUAAUUACCGGGAUGCUGGCACGAGAAUGGGAUGUUUUCAUGGGAGCUACCGCCUUUGCCUAUCCCGCAACGCGCGACCGCAGUGCCUAUCCCAGUUAUGUCACGUUCUCCAGUAUCCAGGUGUCGGUGCUAGCUGACACCAUGUUUGCGCUCCUGGACCGCUACAACUGGACCAACGUGGGACUAAUCUACGAUACCAGUAAUGUGCCAAGUUAUUACGAAUUAGUCGGAGUCAUGCAGUCGCAAAACAAGGCGCGCCGGUCACCACUGCGCAUUGGCGCGGUAGAAGUACAGCUCGAUAAAGAUAAACCAUUCUCCCCCAAGCCGUUCCUGCUGACCUUGAAGACAUACACCCGAGUCAUUGUCCUCUCCAUGCAUCCUGCCAAUGUGCGCAAAUUCAUGCUUGCUGCCCAUGAUCUACACAUGACUAACGGAGAGUACGUGUACAUUACGGCAACCGCAGCGCCUGGCUAUUACGUAUCGGGAAAUCUGACAUGGGAGAUGCAUGAUGGACAAGACGAGACACAAGACACCAUGGCCAGUGUCAACAUAAAUCGGUACAACCUCUCAUUUUAUCCAGGAGACGACAAUCCGAACGACUACAACAUCGCGGCAUAUCAAGCGUUUUAUGUUUACUUGCAAAUAUUGUCGGAGAUAUUUAAUGAAACCAGAAAGCAGGCAUACGGGGGAGCGUCUGUGGCGCGCCGGAUGCUGGGGCGGCAAUUUCCCAAUGCAGGUUUUGGCGAGGUGUUCAUCGAUGCAGGUGGUCAACGACAAUCCCAGCACUGCAUCCAAGAUCUGAAUAUUACUACCGGUAAAUUCGAGACGGCGAUUCGGUACGAUCCCUAUCAGAAAACACUGACGAAUGAAAACAACGGGGAACUGGAUUUUGGUGGCUCCGGGCCACCGAAGAAUGAACCACCGUGUGGCUAUUUGGGAAAUUAUUGUCACUCAGGUGAUUCAGAUAGCAGUUCUCGUACCAUUCCAGCAGUUACGGGAACUAUCGCUGUUCUGGGGUUUCUUUUAUGGUAUCUUUACAAGCGCUUGGAACGAGAACACCAGUUGAAAAGCAAUUCUUGGAUGCUGGACACUGCAUUCCUUAAGCCACUUAAUGAGAAAGCUGUUUCGCGUGACUCCGUCAAAUCUAGCCGAAAGAAUAAUUAUUCCCUUCGUAAUUACGAUAAACCGGAUUACAUUUACAAAGAUGACCCGGUCAGCGUAAAGCUCUUUAUAAGGAAACACGGUCGAAAAGUACUGGAGAAGCGGAAAGACAGAAAGCUGCUUCUGCAAGUUUCGCACCCGAAUAUUGUGCCUUUUGUUGGAGUCUGUAUGCAGCAUGGGAUCGUACAUUUCUUGCAAAAAUUUUGCGCCAGAGGAAAUUUGCCGGAAGCGUUGCAAGACUCGACUUACAGUGCUGAUUGGGAUCUGAGAUGUUCGCUCCUUAGCGACCUCAUAGAGGGAAUAAGGUACAUCCAUGGCAGUCCAUUAAAACGCCACGGGUCGCUAACGGCUGCCAUCUGCCUAAUCGACAUCCGCUUCACCCUUCUGAUUUCCGAGCUGGGUUUUGUGGACCUAGUGGGUCCCUAUCACAACCUGAUUGCAGUGGACAAACAAGGUACACUGCUCCACGAAAGCGACCGUUGGGCUGACUCCACGCUGACCGUCAACAGCACGGAACGGCUGGACGGGAGCGGUGACAUCUUGGCUUUGGCGCAUAUUAUGAAGGAUAUGAUUAAAUACUCCGAUCUGAACAGUCGCGCGUCACAGCAGCAGCGGACUGGCCUGCAGACGCUGAUUGGGGCUUGUGCGGAGAGAGACGCUAGACAGCGUCCGACGAUACGUGUAGUGAGGGAGCGGUUUCGAGCGAUCUGUAAGGUCAGUGGCGAUGGCCUGUUGGCUAAUAUUCUGACGAGGAUGGAAACAUAUGCGGCACAAUUGGAAAAGCAAGUACAGGAUAGGACGGCGGCGUUGGCCAAGGAGCAGUCGGUGUGCGAAGGGCUAUUACUGGAAAUGCUACCAAAAUGGAUACUGGAUCAACUGUACACAGGAGACAAAAUCACACCCGAUGUGUUUGCCGCUUCCACCGUAUUCUUCAGUCACAUCUGGGGAUUCCUGCACUUUGUAUCCACGCAUAACCCGUACCAAAUUAUCGAAGUCAUCAACACUCUUUUUACACGAUUUGACAAGGUCGUGACGAAUUUUGCGGUGUACAAAGUGGAAACGGUAGAGGACCAAUACUUGGUUUUUAGCGGGAAAAGUGAUAAUGGGAAUAACCGGCACGCAGCCGAAAUCUGUCGCAUGGCGCUGGCCUUUAAGAGGGAAUUCUCUCAACUGAGGAAUGACAAUUUUCUACAGUUUUUGGCUGGCAUACAUACCGGUUCGUGUGUCGCCGGCGUGAUUGGUCACAAGCGUCCAAGAUACUGUCUGUUCGGCGACACGGUGAACGUUGCAUCCAGGAUAGCGACCAACAGUAAACCCUCGCGAAUCCACAUCUCCAUAACGACAGCAGAUAUUGUGCGGCACUGUCCAGAAUUUGCCGUGAGACAACGUGGAUUCACGUCUCUAAAGGGACGAGGAGAAAUGCAGACAUUCUGGUUAUUCGCACAUGAAUGAAGUGAACGUUUGUUUGAAACAAACGUAAUUGUAGUAAUUGUACAUGUAACGAAUAAAAGAUCUGGC